CCUGAACAGCUUCAGCUCCGGAUUAAAUGUUACAGUGCAGUGCAGAUUGACCAUGAUGAUGCGUGCGACUUCGUCUUCUCCCUCUGUACAAGACAUUUGGAAAUGGACAUUCACAAGGGAUGCCAUAGCACCAUGUUUCAUUCGGGACGUGCUUUCCAUGAAGGAGGCUGGUGUGGAUGCUGAUUUUUUUUGGAUUGGACAUACGCCUUGUCGAUCCGUAAAUCUCGUUGGCAUGGUCGUCGCAGUGCAGGUUCACGAGAAGCGAACCAUUUACACUUUAGAUGAUGGGACUGGAGUAGUUGACUGCAUUCUGCGCCAUCCAGCACCCGCAAAGCCUGCUGCGGAAAGUAAGGACAUGGCCCGGCCACCUUCAUCAAAGAAACCCAAGUCAGGUAUCACACCCCUAGAACCUCCAAUUCCGGUAACCGAAGUUGGAUACGUAGUUCGGGUCGUUGGGAAGGUUGUACGCCACUAUGAGACGCGGCAAAUCAUCGCAGACUCCAUUGAGCCUUGUGCAUCCGUAAUCGAUGAAGCAGACCACUGGAUACGCGUCGUGGAGCUUCACAAGUCCAAGUAUUCCCUUGCAGCACCAUUCGUAAUCCCGUCACCCACCGAGCCAAUCCGAGACAACGUCGACAGACAAUAUACUGAUGAUACAAGUGUGUCCUCCACGAGAGUGGCACACAAUGCUGGGUCGUACGCAUUGGCUUCGCGGGGACCGCCGCCGCAGGCCCGUGCUCCACUAUCACCCGGACCGUCCAUCUAUUGCGUCCUCUACGCCCCCUCCAAAAUCAAACUACGCCAUCCUUCCAGGCUCCGCAGCUGUGAUCUUACCUCGAACAUAUUUCGUUUACAUCUCAAACAUUACAUGGACAAUGUGAGAGUAAAUCCACAACCAGAUCUCUCCCACAACCAUCGCAAGAAACAAGCGAGCCAUUUGCAGCGAACGCCGAUGAUGCAACGGAUGGAUUACGAUUGUGACACCUAUGGUGAUCUAUCGCCAAUGUCUGAACCGCCACAUGGCUUUACGCUUUCUCAUCUUCGGCGCCUCGCAGCGCGUGUCGUGCGGGCCGAGGCACGAAGAAGGGCAAAGGUUGAGCAGUCUGAGACACGCCGACGUGCCAAAACCCAACCUGCCAUGUUAUCUACCGGGGCAGCGUCCGCAGUGAGUACUGGUAACUCUAUCAGGGUUCCCACCAGCAAACGUGAUGCCUCUCCUCGCGAUCCCUUCCGAGCAAAGAAGAAACGACUCUUCGAGUGGGCGCUUGCGCGGCUGUAUGAGGAAGGCGGUAUAGUACUCUGGGAUGGGCCCGUGCAUCCCCUACCGUUACCCGUUUCUACAUCCGAGGCGCGGACGGAAAACUCAUUGUGGAGUGAAUCGGCAAGCAGUAAAUCCUCCACCUCUGCUAUUUCGGUACCUUUGACUUCAGUUUCCGUGUCGCGUACGAGUGGCCGCGGUACGGAGGAGGAAGACAUGAAUGAAUAUCUGUCCGAUCCUCAGCCCAACGAAGACGCAUAUGUGUCUCUCACGCCAGAGUUAUUGUCGACUUAUGUGGAGGAGGCAGCGACGGCCCUAAAGCGUGGGAAGGGAAGAGGGGGAGGAAGGCGCGAACCGACACCAGAAGAAGUCGCGGCAUACCUUCGCCGGACAGAUGCACGGUGGGCACGGGUAGGGGCGUGGGCUGUGAAGGAAGCCCUGGAAGCCUUGGGCAGAUAAAUGCAAUGGCGGCAGACAUUCUAUCGGUCGAAUAUGUCAC